AUGUUCAACAAGUGCCCUCUUAUUUUUCAGAGAUUGAAGAGGGGGGAGGAUCCUAAGAAGGUACCAUUGUACACCCUUGAUAUGUGGGUUCAAAUACAUGAUUUGAAGACGGGAUAUAUGCUUGACCGAGUGGUGAGAAGUGCUGGGGCUUAUGUUGGUAAGUUUAUUAAAGCAGAUCUGAAGAACUUUAAUGGUCUAUGGAGGGACUAUUUGCGUGUUCGUGCUUCGAUAAACAUAGAGAAACCACUAAAACGUCAUAUGAAACUAUGUAAGGAGGAUGGAGACUGGAUUUGGGCGAAUUUCAAAUAUGAACAUGUUCCAACUUUCUGUUUUGUUUGCGGAAUCAUUGGACAUUCCGAGAGAUUUUGUCUGAAAACGUUUGAUCAACCUCUUGAUCAAAUUGUAAAGUCGUAUGGGAAUGGAAUGCGGGCUCAAACAAGGAAGAAGAACUACUUAAUUGGAGCACAGUGGCUUUGUUCGGGUAUGGAGACGAAGGAGAUGGUAGGUGGGGGCGGGGUUGCUCGUCGGAGUGAGGCUGAAGAUGGUGCAAUUAUGCAGCCGAAAAUCAUGGAGAUUGACAGUGUUGAUGUGCGUGAGGACCGUGAGUCCAUGAUUGUAGGGAAAAAUAAAAGUGUCUUAAUGGGCAAAGAUGGCACUAAUAAUGAGUAUUCUGGUGAUAGCAGUAAUGGAGGAAAUUUGACCAAGGCAGUAUUGAAUGAAGAAGAUUUGCUAUUGAUUAUGGAGAAUAAGUGUAGACGAACUGAAAUGGAGAAGGCCUAUGCUGAAUCUGAAGUACCUGGUGUCAAUAUGGGCCAACUGAAUGAAAAUUUAGAUGGAUCAAAAAACGUUUUGAAGAGAUUUGAGGAGAAGGUUCGGGUGCUUGAGUAUGGUAGAGAUUACAUUGAUGUUAUUAUUACUGAUGGGGUUUAUGGUCAUUGGAGAUUAACAGGAUUAUAUGGAGAGCCAAAAAGACACUUAAGGAGAAAAACUUGGGAGUUAUUAACUGUGCUGAAAAAUAAACAAAGCUUGCCUUGGUGUAUCAUCGGUGACCUCAACAAUAUCACUUCAAGUGAGGAUAAACGUGGUAACAAUCCUUACCCAGACUGGCUGAUUGAGGGGUUUAAUGAUGUUUUGAUUGAAUGUGGGCUUCAUGACUUGGAACUCUUCGGACAUCCAUACACCUGGGAGCGUUUGUCGUGGCACUACGGACUGGGUGGAGUUGUUGUUGCAAGAAAUCAGAAUUUUCGUUUUGAAAACUCUUGGUUAAAAGAGCCUAUUUGUUUGAAGAUUAUUGCUGAUAGCUGGUCGUUGUAUCAUAGUGAAGGUGUUCUUCAGAAAUUAAAGGCUUGUGGGGAGACUCUUAAGAUAUGGGGGAAGGAUUAUUCUGGUGAUUUUUCUCGGCGUAUAAAGGAGUGUAAGAAAGAGAUUUGUCAAUGGAAAAAAGGGUGUGAUGUGGGUUCGGUUGGGAAGUAUCAGCAGGCUGUUAAUAAAUUGAACAAUAUUCUGCUGCAAAAGGAAGUUUUUUGGAAGCAAAGGAGUAAACAACUUUGGCUUCGUGAAGGAGAUAAUAAUUCAAAGUAUUUUCAUGCUACUGCUACAGCUAGGAGACGUCGAAAUGCAAUACAAAGACUGAGAAUUGCUACGGGUGAGUGGGUUGAUUGGCAAGGAGGACUCUCGCAAGUUGUGGUUGAUUAUUUUACUGAUUUAUUCACUCCUUCAGCUGUUAAUUUUGCUGAAGUGGUUGAUUGUGUUCCCAGUACAGUCACGGUUGAUCAAAACAGUAAGCUUCUUGAACCGGUUUUGGAUGAGGAAAUCAAAAGAGCACUCUUUCAUAUGCAUCCGGAUAAAUCCCCCAGCCACAGAUGGCAUGACUCCGGGAUUCUACCAGAAAUGUUGGAGUAUGGUGAGCCAUGA